AUGCAAUCAAACACUCCAGGAAAAAAGACAUUUGUGGCCCUCAGUCUCAAAGAUUUGAGCGGUGACAUCAUUAACUGCACCUUAUGGGAGAGCUAUGGUAUUAAGUUUUUGGAAUAUUAUAAUGACCCAACUAACACCGGUGCUAUUGUCAUCAUACUAACCCAUGCAAUGAUCAAGGAUUCUCAGGUAUCCAAUGCAUGGAGUGGUUCAAAGCUGCUAAUCAACGAAGACAUCCAGGAGAUUUCUGAGUUUUUGUCAAAGUUGCCUGCAAAUGAGCAAUCCCAAAAGCCUUCGCAAUCUGCCAAAUCCAUGUCUCUUUGGUCUGGUGGAUCUCAGUUUACAACACUUGAAAAAUUUGUUCAUAAGGCAAAGUGCAUUCCUUUGAGCCAAUUCUGCAAAAUCAAACAAGACAUGUUAUGUGUUACUGUUGGAACUACCACGAAAUUUUAUGUAUCCAAGCAUGGUUGGUUUUACUAUGGAUGCACAAAGUGCUCUGUGAAGGCUACUGAUUUGAACAAUCCAUACCAGUGUGUGUGCGGCGAAAAUGUUCACAAACCCAUACCAAGGUACAAAGUUGAUAUAUAUGUUUAUGACGGUGAAUCAAAGUUCCGGUUUGUAUUUUGGGAUGCCGACUGUGAGCAGAUUAUAGGACAAUCUGCUGAUAGCAUGCAUAAAUCAAUGUUAGAGAAUGGUGAAGAUGAUCCCAUGGUUUAUCCUGACGAGCUUGACAUGUUGUUGGAGAAGAAAAUGGCUUUGAGAGCUAAAGUACAGCCAACCUUUGGGCAAGCAUCUGUUUGGAAGUUUUCUUAUGAUGAAUAA